GCUCUGAGCAGCAGUCUGUACAAGAGUGCAUCGCCUUAUGGCUCUCUUAAUAACAUUGUGGAUGGGUUAAGCUCCCUCACCGAGCAUUUCUCUGACCUAUCCCUUUCUUCAGAAGCCAGAAAACCCAGCAAGAGGCCACCUCCUAACUACCUGUGCCACCUCUGCUUUAACAAGGGACACUACAUCAAAGACUGCCCACAGGCUCGUCCAAAAGGAGAAGGCCUGACUCCAUACCAGGGCAAGAAACGCUGCUUCGGUGAAUAUAAGUGCCCCAAAUGCAAGAGAAAAUGGAUGAGUGGAAACUCCUGGGCUAACAUGGGACAAGAAUGUAUCAAGUGCCACAUUAAUGUUUAUCCUCACAAACAGAGACCCCUGGAAAAGCCGGACGGCCUGGAUGUUUCGGAUCAGAGCAAAGAACAUCCCCAGCAUCUGUGUGAGAAGUGCAAAGUUUUGGGCUACUACUGCCGCCGUGUGCAAUAAACCUUCGAAGUGGCCUCCUCCCGUCCCCAUCGUCCUUAAAGAUCCUCUGGCAGCAUGCGAUCAACAGCAACACAACAAAUCAAGAUAAAAGCUAAAAUAAUUGCCAAUAUUGCCUAUCUAAUAAUAUGCCUUACCAUUAAUAGAAUGUAACAUUUCUCCUGUGCAUGCGCACGCAUGCAACGGGUAUUUACAGGACUACGAUUUGUAUACAUACAUAUAUAUGUAAAUUUAUAUAUGUACACACACAUAUAUAAAGCGUUACUGAUAGUGUUCACAACAGAACCGCGGUUGCAGGUUCUACUGAUUGUUUACACAGACCCUAUGUCAUGGCCAGGUGAAAUGAAGUACUAUUCAAUAGGCAAGGUAUAAUAUUCACAAGGAAUAUAUGUUCUAUGUAUGGCUUUUGCAGAGGUUAAAUAACUGUGGGGCCACUAGUUGCAAGCACUAUCCCACAACAUGAACGUUAUUCCUAUUAUAUGACAAGACAAAGGAAGAUGAAACAAGCCACAGCAUAAAAGAAGGCAAAUUAUUGUUUUCC